UCCGGCCUCCAGGGGGCAGGGAGUAGCGGUGAACAUGCGGCUGUCGGUGGCGGCCGCCAUCGCGCAUGGCCGCGUAUAUCGUCGCCUGGGCCUUGGUCCGGAGUCCCGUAUCCACCUGUUGCGGAAUUUGCUCACGGGCCUGGUGCGACACGAACGCAUCGAGGCGUCAUGGGCGCGCGUGGACGAGAUGAGGGGCUACGCGGAGAAGCUCAUCGACUAUGGGAAGCUAGGAGACACCAACGAACGAGCCAUGCGGAUGGCUGACUUCUGGCUUACGGAGAAGGACUUAAUCCCGAAGCUGUUUCAAGUCCUAGCCCCUCGUUUCCGAGAUCAGAAUGGGGGCUAUACGAGAAUGUUGCAGAUUCCAAAUCGGAGUGAGCAGGAUCGUGCCAAGAUGGCAGUGAUCGAGUAUAAAGGGAACUGUCUCCCACCCCUGCCUCUGCCUCCCAGAGACAGCAACCUGACCCUUCUAAACCAGCUGCUUCAAGGACUGCAGCAGGACCUCAGCCAAAACCAGGAAGCAAGCAUCUGCAACACCCACGCAGCUCAAACUCCAGGGAUUUAAUUAGAGCUGGAGAGUCUGUAGCAUACCCUCAUCAGUGCCCAUGGUCACAGGGUUUUGAGCUCUGUUAAUGAGUGAGAUCUGGAACUAGAGUUGUUAAAUGGGUAAUAUUGAUGGGUUUCCUGGGAAAACAUAUAACCCUCUCUGCACAAUAGAUUAAAUCCUUAUAAAAAUAUAUAAAAUGA